AUGUUGCCAAAAUUCGUGCUCAUCGCUCUUCUGCUAAUUGUCGCCGCCGAUUGUGCGCCGCUCGAUCCGAAUUUCUCGCAGAAGAAUCGCGACGUUUGGAAAAGUAAAGACCCGCACCAUCGCGAGAAGCGUUAUUGGGGCGGCUAUGGUGGCUAUGGUGGAUGGGGUGGCGGCUAUGGUGGAUGGGGUGGCUAUGGUGGCUAUGGUGGCUACGGUGGAUGUUGGGGCAAAUAG